AUGUUGAAAGUUGGAGAAAAUGAUAAGACUAUGGAGGGCCCUGCAUUUUCGAAGCUUUUUGUGAGCAGCCUGUCACUUGCUGUUGAUGUUUCUCAACGAAGGCGGCGAGUGAUUACUGGACCUCAAAUUGUUUCACUUUUCGUCGAGUUACGAAUAAGGACGCGAAUCUCAUGUUCAUUUGAUUCGGCACUCCCUGAAUGGGAUGAGGAUCACCUCUUCACUUUCGGCAUUUCUGCCGGAGCACAGGUCCGUGUGCUGCAGCAAAUGCUUGCUGAUAAGGUUACGUCAGGGUUUGAGAACACAAAUGAGAAUUGGGUAUUGAGCAUAUCAUCAUUGUCAGGAGCAUUCAAUGGAACAACAAGAACCUACUUGGAUGGAAUGCAGUUUGGUGUCACAUCUAAGCGAACGAGGAAGGUGUUGGGUGUCACAGUUCCAUCAAGCAUAUGCGGAAUUCAUCCAUUGCUUUUCAUUAGAGUAUUGCAAAUGAGCCAAUGGCGCCACCCUCCGGAUGUCCCUCCCCCAUACAAAGGCUAUAGGGAUGAGGAUUGGCAGGACAAUGAUGGAGCUUUGAAUACCAUCUCCAUGACUCGCCCUCUUCUCCCCGUUGAACAUCCCAGUCGGUUUGUAAAAGAUGAUUCAGAUUGUCAUCCUUUGCAACCUGGCAUCUGGUACUAUAAGAUUGUGGAAGCUGAUCACAUAUUCUUCAUUAUUAAUCGGGAGAGAGCCGGAGUUCAGUUUGAUCUGAUAUACGACAGCAUUUUCGAACGCUGCAGAAAGCAUGUGUUUAGAAAAACUCCGCAGACUUUACCGAACGAAACACACCAUUAGUUCAGCAUUCCAUUGCUCUCACGCAAUAUACUACAGAAUUAGAAUCUAAAAUCAAAAACAAAGAAAGCUAUUCAUUAGCACCAGCAGUAGCCUUUGUUCCCCUUCCCUGACCUCAUGUAUAUGUUUAUUUCUUCUUCCUUCGAUUUUUCGAAUUUUUUCACUCACCCUCCGACUGCUGGUACAAUUUGAAUAGCCUUGUUGUAGUGUGGUGAGAGAUAUUUAUAGGGUUUAGCUUUGUACAUCAGACCUCUUUGGUCUUUCCAGAGUUGAUGUAUUUGGGAAACAGAGUAUAUAAUUUAAGUUAUACACCCAAAAUUCGAUUGCUACAUUA